CCUCCAUAUUCCAGUCAUUGGCUCUUCAACCGUGUCAGUGCUUGUCAGAACUUGUCUCAAUCACAGGAGACUGGUGAGUAUAAUCGAGGUUCAGUUGGAAAAACCCGUCACGUACGAAGACUGAAAGUUUAUCUUCUACAAAUGUUUGUAAACAAGAUCCCUGGUCAUUGUGCAGCUUGCCUGUCAAGACUGUCAAAAAUAUAUACAAACAGAAGUGUUUGUCUGUCACAGCAUAUUUCCAAGGCAAAGGUGUAUGCUACAAAUACAGAGCAUGUGUCGGCUGCAGACGAAGGUGAGCCAGAUGAUCUGUUCCGUCAGAUAACGAUAGAAGUGAAGACUCACGACCCCGCAGUUCUCAACAGUUACGAGAAAUUCACCAAGAUGGCUGCAGAUGAGUUGAACAUAACAGUGGGCAAAAUAUUCCGCCCACCAAAAGUAUUUUGGAGAGACACUCUUUUGAAAUCGGUUCACGUAUUCAAGAAGCACCGUGUGCAGUAUGAAGCAAGAACACACUUCAGUACAAUAGAGUUGAAACAUCUCACUGGAUCCACAGCGGAUACCUACCUGGAAUACAUCCAGAGAAACCUUCCUGAAGGAAUGGCCAUGAAGGUUACAAAGCACAGAUUAGAAGCACUGCCUGACAAUCUGAAGAAUAUAAAAGUAAAUACGCCUGAAGACCAGUUAGAAAAGUCCUGACAAUGUAUAAUAUCAUGGAGUGCCAGCUUUACAUUAGUAAUGUAAACACUUGAGUUAUAUAAACAGUUUUUGUAAUAAACACAAUCACACAUUAA